AUGGUUAUAUCUGUCACAAAAACAAAAUGUUUGACUACAUCCAAAUAUCCUCUCAGAUGUAAACUCGUCGUUGAUGACCAAAUCAUACAGCAAGAGAUGACGUUCAGAUACUUGGGAAUAGAGCUCUGUAGUUUCGGGGAUGUAGAGUCCGAGGUGAGACAACAGGUAAAUAAGGCAAUGAGAACAGCUGGAUGCAUGAACGACACCAUAUGGAGUAACAAACACUUGCAAACCGAGACAAAGGCAAGAAUCUACAAAGCUACCAUAAGACCAAUAAUGACGUACACAGCAGAAACACGACCAGACACAACAAAAACUAAGAGGUUGUUGAAAACAUGUGGAAUGAAAAUCCUAAGGAAAAUAGCUGAAAAAAAUCUAUUAGAUAGAGAGCGCAGUGACAACAUAAGGAAAAUGUGCGGGGUUGAAGAAGUGAAUGAGUGGAUCCUGAGGAGAAAGCACGAGUGGAAUGCACACAUAGACCGAAUGGAUCAUGGGAGAAUGGUCAGAAUUGCACGUGAUAAAUCACGUGAAGGAGAAAUAUAG